AUGUGGGCAAAUUUAUUGAAAACAUGCGCCACAACAGCGAGCUCGAUGACAUCAACAUUGACUAUUCAUCGUUCGUUCAAUACACUCUGGCAUAUGCAUACGAAUACUCUGUGGAUAACAGGCGUACGCCCACUGCCGAAAAGUAAAAUGGACGAACAACCAACUAUGCGAGGCAUUGUCCUGAAGACUCUAAUUCGAAAACCCAGAAAACCCAACUCAGCCAAUCGUAAAUGUUGCCGUGUUCGUCUGGCUAACGGUCUCGAAGUGAUUGCACAUAUUCCGGGUGAAGGACACAAUCUUCAAGAGCAUCAUAGUGUGCUAGUGCGAGGUGGCCGAACGAAGGAUCUGCCUGGUGUUCAUUACAAAGUAGUUCGUGGUAAACUAGACUGUAAUAUGCCAGUAAAAAGGCAAACAACACUACCUGCGAGUGCCACUACUAAAUAA